UUUAAGAACCACAACAAAUGCAUACCUUAUGGAACAGGUUUCUAGCCCCUCGGAAAAAUUCUGUGUCUCGAACACUUCCUGCAACGCUCAGCAAUCCACAUGACGUGAUUACUGUUCAAACUCUUGAUCAGUUAAAUUCUUCUAAAGUUAAAAAAGAUGGCAAUACAGUCAAACCACAACUUCCGAUUGGAUUUGAAAGACACAAAAAGAAAUCAAAUAUCGUAGAUGUGGACAAUUCAGCAAAUCCCUCGGUUGUUCAACAACAAUCCGAUGAGCUCUUUUCAAAUCUGGGACAAGCUUUUUACACUGGAAAUUACGUGAACCACUCCUUUCUGGAAUCUUCAAACCUGGAAGCAAAGCCUGCAGUGGAUGCCGAUAAAGUCCAGAUGGAAGGAAAUUUCUUGAACAAUCCAUGGAUCAACUGUUGCUUUGUAACAACUUACGCUGGAGUUGUUGCACAGUACUUUAAAAAAGGUGCGGAAUGGUUCAACUUUACCACUCCGAGUAUCGGAACUUUUACAAAUGAACAAAACGAAGAAGACUCUUCAAACUAUUCAACUUCUGGAUAUGACUCAUCGGCGGAAACAAUCAGUGCCAAUAGUUCGCCAAUCAAUCGUUCUGGUGUUCGCAGCAGAAUUUCACAAAAACAACGACAGCGUAUUUUAAAAGAGGCUCACUUUAAAGCGCAACAGCUCAACAGAAAAAUGGUUGUACAGAAAUCUUGCCCGCCAGAUCACGAAAUAAAGCCAGUCCCGUCGAAAUUCUACCAGUUUGAUGCAAUUACUGAUUUUGGAUUUGGUGGACCGGUUCUAUUAGUCGGAAUGCAGAAGGAUGUGGAAGUCAUGAAGUUGGAGACAAAAGAAAAAGCAAGAAGUGGUCGAAAGAAGAACAGAAAAUCGAAGUAUAAAUGUAAUAUGUACAAAAUGACAAAACUUGCCCAAAUAGUUGCAAAGAUUCCAAAAAAGAAAGAGGUAAUUGAAAUUGAUGAGGACGGAUUUCAAAAGGUUUCGAGUAAAAAAGCUGCAAAACUAAGGACUUUGAAACCUGCAGAUGUGCCAACUCCGCCGACAAAAGUUGUAGAGAAUAAAGAAGAAGUUAUCAAACUCGAGGUCAUUGAGCAACCAGAACCCAUCGUACUACCAGUAUCAACUCCAACCGUCACCUUUUCCCGCUUUGAAGAGAUGAAGAGAGUGGUAAAGGUAGAGAAAGCUCAGGAGAGCGCGAAAACCAAGGCUUUGAAAAAAUCCAAAGCUAUUUCGAUUUCAAGGCAUGUUGGCUUCCUGCAGAUUUUGGAAAAGCUAGAGGAAACCGAGGAAAAGCCUCAAGUUGAAAAUGAGAAAAAAGUAGUGGUAAAGCAUGUUCAAAGUGCUAGAAAGAAUCAAAAAAAGGGCAGGAAGAAUCGUAAAGUGGAGCCACCAAAAGAAGAAUUUGAACCCUACGAGGAAGACCACUACAACUUUAAACGUUACUUCCUUAUCAUCGGUGUCUAUGUUCUAGUAUUCAUUUACGUUUGCACUAACGUUUUGACCGUCGGUGUGUCAUAUGAAUUUCCAUACAUCACACUUGCCAACAAAAAUGUUCGGGCAAUCAAUUCAACACUCCCAAAAAGUGUAAAUGAAAGCUCAUUCUUGAUAAGAUGAAUUUUUCAAACCAAGUUGUCUUUAUAAUUUAUCAAUUUUAUCUUUGCGUCAUUUUAAAAUACGUUUUUUGCUAUUCAAUCAUAUUUGAGUGGUAGUGAGUAGGUUUGCGAUUUGUUUUUGACACUUUAAUAAAAUCAGUUAUUUU